UCAUUAAAUCACCAAUAAUUGCUCUCUCAUAGUCUCACUUAUCAUUUUACAAUUAUAUACAUACAUAUAUACAUUAUAUAUACAUUUAUUACAAGCUACAUAACCGCUCAAAAUCGUACAAUUUUUUUACUAAAGUUUUCAUAACAGCCAAUUUUUGUAGUAAAUUUACUGAAAUGGCUGCUUCAGGGUCUCAAUUAAGUAAAUCCCAGAUCCAGAUUAUGAAAACUUCAAUUAUGUUACUAAACCUACCUUCUUCAAAUGCUCAAAUUGUUGAUGUUUUGGAGCAAAUGGAGCAAAUUCUAUCUGGGGUGAAGCAAUCGCCUUCCAAAUCCAUGCUUCAAGUACUGGAUCCAAUAUCCAAGGCACUGAUUGCUCAAGAACUGGUGAUACAUCCUGACAUGAAUGUGAAUAUCUCAGUUGCAUGUUGCAUCUGUGAGAUCAUGAGGAUUAUGGCACCAGAAUACCCAUAUAGCAAUAAACAAAUGAAGCAUUUCUUUGAAAUGGUCGUAAGCACGUUCGAGAAACUAUCUUCUGCAUCUGGUGGAUGCUAUAAGAAGAUGGCUAAAGUUCUCAAAAUAUUUCGCAAGUACAGAUUGUGUGUGCUGAUACUGGACAUAGACUUGGAUGGAUGUGAACUAAUAGUUCGACUAUUCAAACAUUUUUUAACCUUUGCCGACUCGAAUUCGUCUGCUAUCGUAUACGAGAUGGAGAAAAUUAUGACCAUGAUCAUAGAGGAAAGUAAGGAGCUCAAGCAUGAGCUUCAAUGUAAUGUAGUUGCAAGUGUGAAAAGGAAUAAUCAGAUUACUUCACAUGUUUGUUGGCAACUAGGGGAAAAGGUUCUCAUGAACUGUGCUGCUCAGCUAAAACCAGAUCUGCCAGAAAUGGGACGAGAUAUGAGCAUUGCUCUUUAUGAUUAUUCGAAGAUGGUUGUACAUAUCUGCAAAACUGCAUCAGAAAAUUACAAUACGGUGGCUAACAAAAUGAUUCCAUAUACGACUGAGAUACUCAAUUUGGGGAAAGAUACAACUAACAGGAGAAAACUUGAGUGCAUCAAGACUGUAAGGCAUUUUCAACAAGGCCCUGAAGAUUCAAAGAAAGAUGAGAAGAUAACUCUUUCAUUCGAUGAUCCAUCAAUGCCAUCCAAAUCUGGAACAGAACUAAAGGUACAAAAUGCCAGAGAAAUAAUACUCCGUGGAAGAAAAAUAUAA